UUUCACUUUCGAUUCGGAUAUACGAGCUGCAUUUGCUCCCUUGGUAAUCAUCUCCUGUUUGGAUACCUUUCUAAGAAACUAAAGAUGAAUUCUGCUCAUUUCUUUGCUUUAUUGGUUGUUUCCUGUAUCCUAUCAGCCGAUAUCAUAUUGCCAGUAGUUGCCCAUCAUCAUCAUCGUAAUAACCACGGAAUUGAACUUCUACUGGCAGCAGGUAUCCUUGCCAAACUUCUGCACAAGAAAGGUCACCACCACCAUCACCACCAUGGCCACCACCAUCACGGCCAUCAUCACUCUGGAUCAUCAGCUGUCGAGAUGAGCGUUCCUGCUCCUCUUGGUGGUUAUGCCUAUCCAGCUCCUGCAGCUUCAACCUUUUCUUCUUCUGUAGAAUAUCCCCAACAUCCGUACGCACCAGCUGCUUCCCAAGCCUAUCCUGUCCCCCAAAUGCCUGCAGCAGCUGGAUAUCUAGGGUUUGAGGCCCAACCCAUGGCUAUGGCUCCACCAAUGGGUUACUGAUGAAUCUGUAAUUAUAAAUCACUUAUUAACUCAGGUUUUUAUUUGCGCUGUAGCUAGGAUUAAUAUCAUCAUCAUCUUUUUUUUUUUAUUUCACAAAAGACCAAAUCUAGUCUCCUUCUAUGAUUAGUAACAAAAAUAGGUCUUUGAGAAUGUAAAAAAAAAUAUUGUAAUUAUAAUUUUUAAAUUUUAUGAUUCCAAAGAUUUAUAUAUAUAAAUAUACACUGUAAUUUCUAUCAUAACACAGAAAUUUUAAAUGAAAAAUAACUUUAUGACAACCUUGCUUUCCUUAAAUACUCUACUUUAUGGAAUCAUUUGCUUUUAAUUUUAAACAACUUCUUUUCUCUUCAAAUAUGGAACACCGCAUUCUUUUUAUCUUCUUUCUAUAGUAAUUUUCUUCCAUUUGAAGAUAACCAACCAAAUUUGAAAUUAAAUUGAUCAGUUAAAGUCAACAUGUUACUGCUUAUAACUAGAAUAAAGCAGAAUCAGAAAAGAUAAUUUUCGAGAAGAAUGAUAUUCACUUCAAGAAUGAUAAUCGCAGUUCUGAUAGUAUAAUUCUAUUAAAUACUGCGAUAAAUAAAAUUUCAGUUAUCAUUAUGUACAUCCAGUGUGAAGUGAAUUGUAGGUCACCAUAGCAUACAGCGCAAUCUAUGAGAUCAUCAUCAUAUAAAUAUGAUAUGCUCAAUUUUAAAAUCUUUAUUUUAAUAUUUUGUAGGAAUUCUCUAUUAUAGAAAUUUACUUUUAUAGUCAUUUUUAGUUAAUAAUUUAUAAACUUAUAUAAUUAUGUAUAUACUGUAAAUAUUUUUAUAAAUAAUAAUAUUCUGUUCAAUGUAUUCAUAAAAUAAAUGAAUGUACAAAACAA